CCUAUAUGUGAUACAGCACUGACUGCGUUGAAGUGGCAGCACAAGAAUUGGAGAUUAUUUUCAUCUCUGAGAGUGGCCCCUUUCCAGAGCCACACAGUUGGAAGGAGGGAAGCCACUUAACAGUGGGAACCCAGAGGCGUGAGCGUCAGCAUGAAUGGUCAUAUGUCUAACCACCCCAGUGGUUAUGGAAUCUACCCUUCUCAACUGAAUGGUUACGGAUCUUCACCACCCUACUCCCAGAUGGACAGAGAACACAGCUCAAGAACAAGUGCAAAGGCCCUUUAUGAGCAAAGGAAGAACUAUGCCCGAGACAGUAUCAGCAGUGUAUCGGACGUGUCCCAGUACCGAGUCGAACACCUGACCACCUUUGUGCUGGACCGGAAGGAUGCUAUGAUCACAGUUGAUGACGGAAUAAGAAAGCUGAAGUUGCUUGAUGCCAAGGGCAAAGUGUGGACUCAAGAUAUGAUCCUCCAAGUGGAUGACCGGGCAGUGAGCCUGAUUGACUUAGAAUCAAAGAAUGAAUUGGAGAAUUUUCCUCUAAACACAAUCCAGCACUGCCAAGCAGUGGUGCACUCAUGCAGCUAUGAUUCCAUCCUUGCCUUGGUAUGCAAAGAGCCAACGCAGAGCAAGCCGGACCUCCACCUUUUCCAGUGUGAUGAGGUUAAGGCAAACCUAAUUAGUGAAGAUAUUGAAAGUGCAAUCAGCGACAGUAAAGGUGGGAAACAGAAGCGGCGGCCCGAGACCCUGAGGAUGAUUGCUAAAGCAGAUCCUGGCAUCCCUCCUCCUCCCAGAGCUCCUGCGCCUGUGCCACCAGGGACUGUCACACAGGUGGACGUUAGGAGUCGAGUAGCAGCCUGGUCUGCCUGGGCAGCUGACCAGGGUGACUUUGAGAAGCCCCGGCAGUACCACGAGCAAGAAGAGACCCCGGAGAUGAUGGCAGCCCGGAUUGACAGGGAUGUGCAAAUCUUAAACCAUAUUUUGGAUGACAUUGAGUUUUUUAUCACAAAGCUCCAAAAAGCAGCUGAAGCAUUUUCUGAGCUUUCUAAAAGGAAGAAAAGCAAGAAAAGUAAAAGGAAAGGACCUGGAGAGGGUGUUUUAACACUGAGGGCAAAACCGCCACCUCCUGAUGAAUUUAUUGACUGUUUCCAGAAGUUUAAACACGGAUUCAACCUUCUGGCCAAGCUGAAGUCCCAUAUCCAGAACCCGAGUGCUUCCGAUCUGGUUCAUUUUUUGUUUACUCCACUAAAUAUGGUGGUCCAGGCAACAGGUGGCCCCGAACUGGCCAUUUCGGUACUCAGCCCACUGUUGACGAAAGACACAGUUGAUUUCUUAAAUUAUACAGUCACUCCAGAGGAACGGCAGCUGUGGAUGUCACUGGGAGAGGCUUGGAUGAAAGUGAGAGCAGAGUGGCCGAAAGAACAGUUCAUCCCACCUUAUGUGCCGAGGUUCCGCAGCGGCUGGGAGCCCCCGAUGCUCAACUUCAUGGGCGCGCCCACAGAGCAAGACAUGUAUCAGCUGGCUGAGUCCGUGGCCAACGCAGAACACCAACGCAAACAGGACAGCAAGAGGCUGUCCACAGAGCAUUCCAAUGUGUCCGACUGUCCUCCAGCUGAUGGAUAUACGUUCAGUAACAGCAUGUACCACAGAGGACCACACGUGGACCAAGGGGAGGCUGCCAUGCCUUUCAAAUCAACUCCUAAUCGUCAUGUAGAUAGAAAUUAUGACUCGGGCAAAACACAACCCAAGAAAUAUGCCAAAUCCAAGUACGACUUCGUGGCGAGGAACAGCAGCGAGCUCUCGGUUAUGAAGGAUGAUGUCUUAGAGAUACUUGACGAUCGAAGGCAAUGGUGGAAAGUACGCAAUUCCAGCGGAGACUCUGGGUUUGUGCCAAAUAACAUUCUGGAUAUCAUGAGAACUCCGGAAUCUGGAGUGGGGCGUGCUGAUCCCCCAUACACGCAUACCAUACAGAAACAAAGGACGGAAUAUGGUCCAAGAUCAGCUGAUGCUCCUUCUGCCCCAUCACCCCCUCCAACGCCAGCACCUGUUCCGGUCCCCCUUCCACCUUCUGUACCAGCACCCGUUCCUGUGCCCAAGGUUCCAGCAAAUGUCACCCGUCAGAACAGCAGCUCCAGUGACAGUGGGGGCAGCAUUGUGCGGGACAGCCAGAGAUACAAACAACUCCCAGUGGACCGAAGGAAGUCUCAGAUGGAAGAGGUGCAGGAUGAACUCUUCCAGAGGCUGACCAUCGGGCGCAGUGCCGCACAGAGGAAGUUCCACGUGCCACGGCAGAAUGUUCCAGUGAUCAAUAUCACUUACGACUCCUCGCCGGAAGAAGUAAAGACCUGGCUACAGUCGAAGGGAUUCAACCCUGUGACGGUCAACAGCCUUGGAGUGUUGAACGGAGCUCAGCUCUUUUCUCUCAACAAAGAUGAACUGAGGUCUGUCUGUCCCGAAGGUGCCAGAGUCUUUAGCCAAAUUACUGUUCAGAAAGCUGCUCUGGAGGACAAUAAUGGAAGCUCUGAGCUACAAGAAAUCAUGCGGAGACGCCAGGAGAAGAUCAGUGCUGCUGCCAGCGACUCGGGCGUGGAGUCUUUCGAUGAAGGAAGCAGCCACUGAUUCCUCGAGCUCUGUUAUUCUUGGCAUGGUUGUUGGACAGUGUUGGACAUGCUUUGUUAGAAGAAGCCUUGAAGGGAAUGUCAGAUCUAUACCGUCUUGGUAUAUGUCAUGUAUCGCCAUAAAAGGAAGCAGUAUAUACCUGAGUAAGCAGAGGACUUGCUGCUUCUGUGCCCAUUGUCUUGAUUAAAACUGAGAAGUGGGCAGGUGAGAGAUGGCUCAGCAAGUAAAGGUGCUUGCUGCCAAGCCCGAUGACCUGAGUUCGAGACCCUAGGGCUACAUGGUAGAAGGAGAGAGCU